GAUGUCAGACAGCGGCUGGGUCAUGUGAAGGUCAGCAGCAGCGGAGGAGGUUCACAGGGAGUUCACUGCAUACAUUAGGUAACACCAUCGCUCGCUCUGACAUAACAAGUAUGAAGCAGGUUGAGUUGAGACAUCCGUCAAUAAAGAAGAGAUAAGACGAAGAAGAAGAAGAAGUCCCGGGACUAACUUUAUUAUGCAAAACAGCCUCCAGAUCUGGACCACUUUCACCGUGUCUCGCUGCGGCAACAUGCAAACAUUUUCUGACCGUCGGUGGGAAAAGUAGCUCUGUUUUCCUGAGCGCUCACGCCCCUUUGAAUGCAACACAGACAUGUUUUACUGUUAAAAACACCGUUUGCAUUAAACUCAAGAGAGGGGGUAGAGGACAAACACGCUGCUGUGAAGGAUUGCACAUGAGGAAAACAUUUGGCCAAGGCUGAAAUUAUGUUUGACUAUCUGGAAUUUCAAGCUUUCGCUCCGGGAGAAAUCAUGGACUUGUACACUUCCACAUCCAGCCCUGCGUGCAUGCUGCAGGAGCAGGAGCAGGACCUGGCCGACUUCUUCCCCGAGCUGAUCGAGGCGGACUGGCAGCAGCACCGGUGCUCCCAAUCUGUUGGGAGUCAGAGUUCCAGCUCGAGCUCAGACGACCUGUUCGCCAGCCCCGCCUCCCCGCCGCCGCCGCCUCGCACUUACAAGCCGUGUUUCGUGUGUCAGGAUAAGUCCUCGGGAUAUCACUACGGCGUCAGCGCCUGCGAGGGCUGCAAGGGCUUCUUCCGCCGCAGCGUGCAGAAAAACAUGGUGUACACCUGCCAUCGAGACAGGAACUGCAUCAUCAACAAGAUCACGAGGAACCGCUGCCAGUACUGCCGGCUGCAGAAGUGCUUCGCAGCGGGAAUGUCCAAGGAGUCAGUGAGAAACGACAGGAACAGGAGGAAGGGGAAGAAGGAGGCGGUGAAGAUGACCAUCAUGGAGACGUACGAGCUGACGGCGGAGCUCGGCCUGAUCGUGGAGAAGAUCUGCAGGGCUCACAGAGAGACCUUCCCCUCUCUCUGCCAGCUGGGAAAAUACACCACAAACUCCAGCUCGGACCACAGGAUCCAGCUGGACCUCGGGCUGUGGGACAAGUUCAGCGAGCUCGCCACCAAGUGCAUCAUCAAGGUGGUGGAGUUCGCCAAGCGGGUGCCGGGUUUCACCGGCCUGACUAUCGCCGACCAGAUCACUCUGCUCAAAACCGCCUGUCUGGACAUCCUGAUCCUGAGGAUUUGCACUCGCUACACUCCCGACCAGGACACCAUGACCUUCUCAGACGGGCUGACACUGACCCGCACGCAGAUCCACAACGCCGGCUUCGGCCCGCUGACGGAUCAGGUUUUCACAUUUGCGGGCCAGCUGCUGCCGCUGCAGAUGGAUGACACUGAGAGCGGCCUGCUCAGCGCCAUCUGCCUCGUCUCUGGAGACCGGCAGGACCUGGAGGAGCCGUCGAAGGUGGAGGUGCUGCAGGAGCCGCUGCUGGAGGCGCUGAAGAUUUACUCCCGCAAACGGCGGCCCAGCAUGCCGCUCAUGUUCCCCAAAGCCCUCAUGAAGAUCACAGACCUGCGCAGCAUCAGCGCCAAAGGAGCUGAGCGUGUGGUGACUCUGAAGCUGGAGAUCCCGGGCUCCAUGCCGCCUCUGAUCGAGGAGAUGCUGGAGGACCUGCAGGACUCUGAGGAGACAAACAGCAGCCAGCACACACACACACACACACCGCCUCCGACGGUGUGUGUGUGAACUCCUCCGACUUCUCACCCUGAAGUCGCUCAGAGAACACUGGCCUCCGACAGACAAACACUCACAACAUAAACUACAGGUGCAGUCAGGAGGGUUUCUAGUGUCUUACCUCAGAUUCAAAGACGCCGCUGACGAACGAAGAGCUAAUUUCUGCCUCAAAGGGGAAACGAGAGAAUGAUGCAGUAAUGUUUUAAUGUGUAAGACAAUUUCAUUUUUUAGCCCCUCCUUGCAGACACCUCAUAACCAUAAACAGGUUUCUACUGUAUUUAUAUUUGCAUGAGAUAUCACCUGGAUUAAUCUUUACCUCAUUAAAUAACAAUGCUUUUAUCUUUAGUGUAGCGAAGUUAGUAAACAUAAAAACAUCUACCGGUUGUACACACAAUUUAUUAAUGUAAAAAAAAGAAAAGAAACUCUGGACUUACUGUUUCAACACGUUCUGAGGAAAAAUAGCAGAUUUAUCUGCACAAAAGGGAAAUCUUAUGACGUUUUUACUCAUAAAAGUGAAUGUUCAUAACUGGCAUUAAUAACAAAGUUCACAAAGUUUUAUAACUGAGUUUAAACAGAGUAAAGAAAACUGCUUAGCUUUAACGAAACAAUUCAAAUCGACAAAUGUAUUCAUGAUUUGCACCUUUAGUGUAGUAGUUUUCUGUAAAAGGUGACACAAAAUAAUGUACUUGCCAUGGAUGCAUCUUUUUUCGUUCCACUGUGGCAUGUUUUUUGAGAGCACUAUAUUUAACGCACACUGAAAUGAAAAAGUAGAGGUAAAUAUAGAGCACUGUGUCGUAAACAUGGAGUGACACAACCUCACAGUGGCUCCAAGUCGAGAGAGUCCCUGCAUGUAACCGCUCCGUCAAACCGCAAAUAGUUGCUUUUACACUUUGUUUUUGUACAAAUCAAACGAACACACUCUCUGUCUUGUAAUUGGGAGCCUUGAAGUCUUGGUUUUCACACUACAUGAUAUAUUGACAGGCUACAUUUUUCAUAAAAAAACACACACUAAAUGAAACCGAAAAGGUGGAACAAGAUGCAAGAUGCAGUUCAUGCAGUCUGCAGAACUUGGCUUGUCGUCUUGUUGACAUUUGACGCAUAUUCACAAAUUUCCUCUCAACUUUGGCCUGCAUUGCAAUUGCAACACUUAAAGUAAAGUUCUUGUUGUUACAAAUGACCCUUCCCCAAGUCGCCCCCUUGCUCCCUAACGUCCUAGAUAUCUGGAAUCUUGGUGUUUCCAUCAAGCUAUUCUCAUGCUAAUCUUUAAAACGUGCAUAGAAAUUGGUUGAUGGAAGCGCAGCCACUGUGGCGACUAGAGCAAGAGCAGUUGAGUGAAGCUACAUAAUCAUCUAACACGGGGCAGUCUUUGUCCAAAAUUAACAACCGACUCCUUAAAGUGUCUUUCAGUCCAAGUGAAAACACACAGUGCACUAUGGUAGCAAUAAAACAUCCCCUGCUUUAUCGUCUAUUUUACUCUAAAUGGGACCAUCAUUUACAAAAUGAACAUCAUGUUAUGUUGAAGAAUACUCGAAACUAACAAUAGAGACCAUAAACUCAAAAUAAAAAUGUCAUCAAGUCAGAAGUGGGGUAAUUUUCCUGUUGACUUACAUACAGUCAGACCUGUCUUUUCCAGCUAAUAGUCGCCCCCUGCUGGCCAUUAGAAAUAAUCCAGGUUUAAGUGACUUCUGUCUCUGAUCUGGGGCUCAAAAACUGUCUGCCAAUGUUGUGUAGUGUGAAAGGGACAUUAAUGGUGCUGGUAGGUGGAUUUUGCUACCUUUCAAUCGAACCAGGCUAAUUGUUUCCAUCUAUUUUCAGUCUUUAUGUUAAGCUAAGCUAACCAGCUGCUGGCACCAGCUUUAUAUUUACCGUGCAGACUUGAGAGUGGUAUUGAUCCUCUGAGCUCAGUGGGUGUUGGAGUCAAACUCUUUAAGGAGCAGUUUUGCAACACUUUGCUGGAGAUCUGCUUAUUUUUUCUGCAGUUUUAAAUAUAAAUACAAUGCUACAAGUAAACUAACAUACAACUUCAUUCUUUCACAUAUAUUCUAAAUGCAAAUAUUUAAUCCCAGAUUAAAUAUUUGCAGUUAUUUGUGGGCCUGGAUGUUGUACGAAAAGUUUUUGUUUUUGUUUUUGCUCUGAUGAGUUCUGUAUAAACUGGUUUUGUACUUUCAACUUUUGUUUUCUUUAACAAAAAAAAGCCAGUUUUUAUCUUUAAAUAAUGCAUCAGUCUUUGCUAUCGUCUUAUCACAGAUAGCUGUACAUUAAUUUUGCCUAUAUAAAAUACUGUGUACUUUAGAAAUAAUACUAAUUAAAAAGAAAAAAGAAAAACAUGCAGCAGGAGGACUAGAAUUAUGGGGAAAGUUGUCUAAUAUGUGAAAAAGCUACACAUACAGCAGCAUUGUCCCAUCAAAUAGGAAUUAUAUAUGAAAUUACAAACUUACAUUUGUGCCUAAAGAAAUGUACAUUCCAUUAAACAGACAGAUGUUGUUUUACUGUAUAAAAUAUCUAAUGUAACAAAGCAGCAGCCUGUGUACUGUAACAACUCAUGUGCCUACUCUAAAUGUGCCAA